AUGAAAGAUCCAAAGCUGGUGCCGUAUCACGAGUACCUCGAAGAGUUAACAGAGAAUUUUGAGAAUAUCUCGUUCACAUACACACUGCGCAUGAAGAACCAGUUUGCUGAUGCACUUGCAAUGCUCGCGUCCAUGGUGAGCAUUACGAAGGAGAAUCUCAUCGAGCCGCUUGAGUUUGAGAUUGCCAAGGGCCCUGCCCACUGCGACAUGAUCAAAGCUGUCGAUGGCAUGCCUUGGUAUGCAGACAUCAAGCAUUUACUGCAAACUGGUCAAUUUCCGACGUUCACCGAUCAUCAUGACAGGAGAACUCUCCGACACAUCGCAGCACACUUUUCCUGA